GUGCGAAAUUGGAUAAUGCACUUCAAAGAAGUACUUCAUCACGCAGAUGACUUGUUGGAUGACCUUGCUAUCGAAUUCAUGCGACACAAAUUGGAUGCAGGACACGGAAAACAAGUAAACAAGGUGCUUUGUUCGUUCUCAUCUUCAAAUCGAAUUGAUUUUCCCAUUCAAAUGGCUGAAGAAAUUAAAAAAACACGAGAAAGUUUUGAUGUUUUAGUAGAAGGCAUGUAUAAAUUGAAUUUAUGCCCAAGAUCCAUGGUGGUUAAGCAAAUUGACAGUGGAUGGAGGGAAACAUGCUCCUUUGUGUUAGAAUCUGAUGUCAUUGGAAGAGAUGAUAGUAAAAAGGAGAUUAUUAGUCUGUUGAAACAACCUCAUGAAAACCAAAAAGUUUCUGUGAUUGCCAUUGUUGGCCUUGGUGGGUUGGGGAAGACAGCUCUUGCACAAUUGGUAUAUAAUGACUUGAAAGUGCAGAAUUUUUUUGAAAUGCAAAUGUGGGUGUGUGUCUCUGAUAACUUUGAUGUCAAAACUAUUUUGAAGAAAAUACUAGAAUCAUUUAUUGGUGACCAAGUUGAAGAAAAGUUAUCAUUAGGCAACUUGCAAAGAAAACUUCAUGGAAAAAUUAGUGGUAAAAAAUAUUUGUUGGUCCUGGACGACAUUUGGAACGAGAGUUAUGACAAAUGGGCUGAAUUGAGAAAGUACUUGAUGUGUGGCGGGCAAGAUAGCAUGAUUUUAGUGACAACUCGAAGUGAAAAUGUAGCAAAGGCAAUGACUGCUAGCACUUCCUAUCCUUUGAAAGGUUUGACUGAUGAAGCAUCUUGGAGUUUGUUGAAGAACAUUGCAUUUGAGGAUGAUUCUAGAGGAGUGAAUCAAAAUCUAGAAUCAAUUGGAGAAGAAAUAGCCAAAGAAUGUAAAGGGGUUCCAUUGGCAGUUAAAGCGCUGGGAGGCCUGUUACGAGGACAAAAUGAACAAAGUGAAUGGGAGAAGGUUUUACGGGGUGACUUCUGGAGAUUAUGUGAAGAGCAAAUUAGUAUCAUGCCAAUUCUAAAACUCAGUUACCAAAACUUGUCCCCGGAAAUGAGACAAUGUUUUGCUUAUUGCUCUUUAUAUCCGAAAGAUUCAAGAAUUUUAAAGAAAGAGUUGAUUCAGUUAUGGAUGGCACAGGGUUAUCUUAUAUGUUCAACUAAAGAGCAGCACAUGGAAGAUAUUGGUAACCAAUUUGUAAAGAUUUUUUUGGUGAACUCAAUUUUUCAAGAUGCACUGAGUGAUGAAUAUGGUGAGAUCAUUGGUUUUAAAAUGCACGAUUUAAUGCAUGAUCUUGCAAUACUUGUCGCUGGCAAUGAUUGCUGUUACUUGGAUAGUAAGGCGGAAAAAGUUGAAGGCAGUCCUGUGCACGUAUCACUGGAAUCUGAUGAGGCCAUUCAUUUGUUGAAAUCAUUAGACCCAAGCAGGCUGAGAACUUUGAUUUUGCCAAAUGUCUUUCAAGAGGAAGAAUAUUUGUCGGUUAUUACGAACUUCAAAUACUUACGUGUCUUGCAGAUGCACCAAGAUUGCGCCUUCAAUCUCUCAGAUUCCACUGAAAAUUUGAAGCAUUUAAGAUACCUUGCUUUGGGAGAACAAACAAGUUUUCCCAAAUCUAAGAGCAAUCUUAUUUUCCUGCAAACAUUAAAAUGGUGGAAUUGCGAUGAAGGAUCACUUUUCGAAGUGGUCAACAAAUUAGUCAAUCUGAGAUGGGUUGAGGUUGACUACCGCUCCUUGAGUAAGAUGGCAGUUGGAUGGGGAAAAUUAACCUCGUUGCAAUUCUUACCCAUCUUUGUCGUCGCGAGAGACAGCAAAGAAACAAAAUAUGGCACACUAAAUGAAUUGAAGGACUUGAACCUAAGAGGCACAUUAAAAAUUAAGCAUCUCAAUCGUGUGAGAGACGUGGCUCUGGAAUCACAGGAUGUAAAUUUAAAAGACAAAAAAUUCCUUCAAUCCUUGACUCUAGAUUGGAAAUCGCGUCAAAGAGAGCUCGGUAUCCGUAACAGUGACAGCUUAGAAUUAUUGGAAAACCUUCAGCCCCACCAUAAUCUUAAGCGAUUGACAGUGAUGAAUUAUCCAGGCAUGCUUUUCCCUAAUUGGCUUUCGCUUCUCACAAACAUUGUUGACAUUUCUCUCCGUGGGUUUGAUAAUUGUAGCUGUCUCCCUCCGUUGGAACGUCUCCCGUCCCUGAAGUCACUUGGGAUAGUAGGUCUUGAUGAAUUGGAAUACAUAUAUCUUUAUGAAGAUUGUUUAGCAGGAACCUUCUUCCCCUCUUUGGAGAGCCUCAUCUUAGCACAUUGUCCUAAGCUUGUGGGAUGGCGGAGGCCGGGAGAUGAUAUCAAUGAUUCCCGUGAUCUCUGCUUAUCUCUCUCGUUUCCUCAUCUUUCUCAACUAAGUGCCUCUUAUAGUCCACGGUUAACUUGCAUGCCUACUUUUCCAAAAGUCAAGGUUUUAGAAGUGUAUGAAUGCAGUCCAGAGCCAUUAAUAGCCACAUUAAACACAGCGUCAACAUGUUUAGCUGAUUCAUCUUCCUCGGCUGCUCCUCUUUCUAUGCUCGAAAAUCUGACGAUUUCUAUGAAAUUACCAAAGGGUUGGAUGCAAAAUCUGACUUCUCUCGAGUUUCUUCAAAUUGGAUGGUGUAAAAGUGAAACGCUUGACGAAUUUGAAACUGCGUUUAAGGACGACACCAACUGCCUCCCCACUCUGCGACAAAUCAGCAUAUAUAAUUGUGCUAACCUAAAGGCUUUGCCAGGUUGGAUUUGCAACCUCUCAUUGCUUCAACAUAUCAAAAUCUCAUGCUGCCGAAAUUUGGCAUCUUUGCCCGAAGGAAUGAGGCGUCUUACCAAUUUAAAGUUCUUUGAGGUCAUGAAUUGUUCCCUCUUAAUUGAAGAAUGCAGAAGAGAGAGAAGUGCUGCUCAAAUCGCACACAUCCCACACAUUAACCUUAAUGAUGAUGACGAUUACUGA